AUGGCCGUUGUCAUAACCUGGUUAAUUGAUUGUACUAGUGAAGUUCUCUCAGACCCCAACAUCAAUGCCAAAGAACUUGCUAAACUUGAUAGGGGCCUUAAAAGACGACGACCACCAUCCAUAUCACAAAUGGAUUAUCUUUUUUCCUCUACAUUCGUGGUUAUUGCGUUCGUUUUUCUAUGCAGCACGAUCAAAUGGUCAAGAACUUUCUCCAGCAGUGAAUUUAGAACGAGAUAUAUCGUGAACAGCUAUCAGUACGAUAUUCUUCCCGAAGCUGAAAAGAGUUAUGAUGAUUGGCACAGCUGCAUGACUAGUAUUCUUCUUCCGGUUUCAAAUAUCGACAAGCUUUGGUCUUCUUUCUCCAAAACUGUGGAAACCUGUCGCCAAAGGACUGCUAUGAGGAAACUACACUUGACUGAGAUCAAAGGCGGACAGGAAAACAAAUAUCACAUCUUCAAUGACACCGAUAACACACCUUCCGUAGUCAUCACUCUCGGAGUCGGAUGGGAUGCACUUGCUGAACAGAAGCUCAGAAAGCGGUUACCAAAUGAUUCGAUAUUCUUUGGUGCUGAUCCUAUAUACGAAAUCAACGAUCAGCUUUAUUCGACUGUAGGGACAUUCUUCCCAAUUGCUGUAGGCAACGAAACAAAAGUAACCAAAGCAUACGUGAUGCCUAAAGAGUUAGGAGGUAAUUUUGGUAUUGGAGUGUAG